CAAGAUCUUUUUAAUAAGCAUUAAAUGAAACGUGACGCAGAGUUUCUGCGGUCGCCAAGCAAUACAACUGCAAUAGCUCUUCAAUACGGCUAUUUAAAUCAUCCGAUCUCGUGGCCAAGCUUGUGAUGGUCUCAAUGGGAAGGCAUUGAAGUUGAAGCAAAUUUUGUCUUGAAUUGUCCAAAGUCGUGCCGAACCAUCGGAUGAGUGAUGAGUGACGGAUACCGGUCCCUGGUCCGGUGGCGGAUAGUGGUUGAACGAAUGGUCAAGUGAGCUACCAAAGGACGCGGUCUCCUCAGAGGUACUCCCCCGCAUGUGUGUAUGAGGAAAUGUGCGCCUGAAUGCACAAGAUGCCGACCAUGAUGCGCUCCAAUCGUCACAGCCGUAGCAGCGCAACGCAGCCAUUAUCUCUCGACGGUGCCGCAGGUCGAACUGCAAGUAACAACAGGACUCUGAUCACUAAGAUCUCAUCACAUCAGUUUCCACUAUGCCUCUUUGGGACGGUCACGAGCUUGGAUUUCUCCUGACAGCAUCAGGAUGUUACUCGGCAGUUCACUUUAGUAUGCCCAGGGGAUACUUGAGGUCCUUUAUCCACCGACAACCUGUCGCAGCGCUCUCCAUGGCGUGGGCGACGGCGGCCUUUGCCCUCCCCUUUAUUGUCCCUCCCAUUCGACGCCGAAUGGGGUUGCCCACCAAUCAAUACAACGCAGAUCAUCCAAACGUUGUUUACCCCAAGUACGAAUUCAAAUAAGCCAAGAGAAGACAAGAGGUCUUUUGGCGGAAUGGAAGGUAGUCAAUUUCUACCUUUAAAUUAAUUUGUGCAUGUUUCUGUGU